AUUGUUUAUAGGUUUGGGGAUAAAGAAGUGACUUCGGAUAUUAAUGAAAUUUAUAAGGGAGUUAUCCGUCGGAACAACAACCUUGCCUAUCUAUUAACAAGAAGUGAAUUAGCUCUAGCAGAUUUAGUAAUGUGCCAGGAAAAAUUGGUACAAGAAGCCGUGGAUACACUUCUUGAUAGUGGGUCCCGCGGGCAACCGACGAGGGAUGGUCACAAUAAAGUAUACAAGUCACUUUCAGAUGUAAUUGAGGGUAAAGAGGGGAGGUUUCGCGAGACUCUGCUUGGGAAACGAGUCGAUUACUCGGGGAGUUCUGUCAUUGUUGUGGGUCCUUCACUUUCCUUACAUCAAUGUGGAUUACCUCUAGAGAUAGCAAUAAAGCUUUUUCAGCUAUUUGUAAUUCGCGAUUUAAUCACGAAACGUGCUACUUCUAAUGUCAGGAUUGCUAAAAGGAAAAUUUGGGAAAAGGAACCUAUUGUAUGGGAAAUACUUCAAGAAGUUAUGCGGGGGCAUCCUGUACUGUUGAACAGAGCACCUACCCUGCAUAGAUUAGGCAUACAGGCCUUCCAACCCACUUUAGUAGAGGGGUGUACUAUUUGUUUACAUCCAUUAGUGUGUAAGGGUUUCAAUGCGGACUUUGAUGGGGAUCAAAUGGUUGUUCAUCUACCUUUAUCCUUGGAAGCUCAGGCGGAAGCCCGUUUACUUAUGUUUUCUCAUAUGAAUCUCCUGUCUCCCGCUAUUGGAGAUCCUAUUUGCGUGCCAACCCAAGACAUGCUUAUUGGACUUUAUGUAUUAACGAUCGGAAACCGUCGAGGUAUUUGUGCAAAUAGAUAUAAUAGUUGCGGAAACUAUCCAAAUAAAAAAGUAAAUUACAAUAAUAAUAAUUAUUAUAAGUAUAUGAAAGAUAAAGAACCCCAUUUUUCUAGUUCCUAUGAUGCACUGGGAGCUUAUAGACAGAAACGAAUCGGUUUAAACAGUCCCUUGUGGCUCUGAUGGAAACUAGAUCAACGCGUCAUUGGGUCAAGAGAAGUUCCGAUUGAAGUUCAAUAUGAAGCUUUUGGGACUUAUCAUGAGAUUUAUGCCCACUAUUUAAUAGUGGGAAAUAGAAAAAAAGAAAUCCGUUCUAUAUACAUUCGAACCACUCUUGGUCAUAUUUCUUUUUUUAGAGAAAUAGAGGAAGCCAUACAAGGAUUUAGUCGGGCCUAUUCAUACACUAUCUAAACAAGGAAGUUAGAUUCGGCGAUGCCCCUUUCGGGGGGCAUUCCGAUUUCGCUAGUGCCAUCUUUUUUGCCGCGCAAAUCCAGAUUGAGAUUAAGGAAAGGGAGUAAAUUAUGUUUUCGAAUCACUGACUCAGGCCCAUUGUCGAAUCCUACUUAGCAAUUGUCGAAUCCUACUCAGCCAAAAAAGGGGGUACUUAUGUAUGGCGGAACGGGCCAACCUGGUCUUUCAUAAUAAAGAGAUAGAAGGAACUGCUAUGAAAUGACUUAUUAGCAGAUUAAUAGAUCAUUUCGGAAUGGGAUAUACAUCCCAUAUACUGGAUCAAAUAAAGACUCUGGGCUUCCAUCAAGCCACUACUACAUCGAUUUCUUUAGGAAUCGAGGAUCUUUUAACAAUACCCUCUAAAGGAUGGUUAGUCCAAGACGCGGAACAACAGAGUUUUCUUUUGGAGAAACACUAUUAUUAUGGGGCUGUACACGCGGUAGAAAAAUUACGCCAAUCCAUUGAGAUAUGGUAUGCUACAAGUGAAUAUUUGAAACAAGAAAUGAAUUCGAAUUUUCGGAUAACGGAUCCUUCUAAUCCAGUCUAUCUAAUGUCUUUUUCAGGAGCCAGAGGAAAUGCAUCUCAGGUACACCAAUUAGUAGGUAUGAGAGGGUUAAUGGCAGAUCCUCAAGGACAAAUGAUUGAUUUACCUAUUCAAAGCAAUUUACGUGAGGGACUUUCUUUGACAGAAUAUAUAAUUUCCUGCUACGGAGCCCGCAAAGGGGUUGUAGAUACUGUUGUACGAACAGCAGAUGCUGGAUAUCUUACACGUAGAUUUGUUGAAGUAGUUCAACAUAUUAUUGUGCGUAGAAGAGAUUGUGGUACUAUCUGAGGUAUUUCUGUGAGUCCUCAAAAUGGGAUGACGGAAAAACUUUUUGUCCAAACACUAAUUGGUCGUGUAUUAGCAGACGAUAUAUAUAUGGGUUCACGAUGCAUUGCUGCUCGAAAUCAAGAUAUUGGAAUUGGAUUAGUCACUCGAUUCAUAACUGCCUUUCGAGCACAACCGUUUCAAGCACAACCAAUAUAUAUUAGAACCCCCUUUACUUGCCGGAGCACAUCUUGGAUCUGUCAAUUAUGUUAUGGGCGGAGUCCCACUCAUGGCGGUCUGGUCGAAUUGGGGGAAGCUGUAGGUAUUAUUGCGGGUCAAUCAAUUGGGGAGCCAGGGACUCAACUAACAUUAAGAACUUUUCAUACAGGUGGAGUAUUCAUAGGGGGUACUGCCGACCUUGUACGAUCCCUCUCGAAUGGAAAAAUCCAAUUCAAAGAAGAUUUGGUUCACCCCACACGUACCCAUCAUGGGCAGCCUGCUUUUCUAUGCUAUAUAGACUUGCAUGUAACUAUUCAGAGUCAGGAUAUUCUACAUAGUGUGAAUAUUCCGAGUCAGGAUAUUCUACAUAGUGUGAAUAUUCCGUUAAAAAGCUUGAUUCUAGUGCAAAAUAAUCAAUAUGUAGAAUCCGAACAAGUAAUUGCGGAAAUUCGUGUUGGAAUGUCCACUUUGCAUUUUAAAGAAAAGGUACAAAAGCAUAUUUAUUCCGAAUCAGACGGGGAAAUGCACUGGAGUACUGAUGUUUACCAUGCGCCCGAAUAUCAAUAUGGUAAUCUUCGUCGAUUACCAAAAACAAGCCAUUUAUGGAUAUUGUCAGUAAGUAUGUCCAGAUCUAGUAUAGCAUCUUUUUCGCUCCACAAGGAUCAAGAUCAAAUGAAUACUUAUUCUUUUUCUGUUGACGGAAGAUAUAUCUUUGACCUCUCAAUGCCUAAUGAUCAAGUAAUCCAUAGACUGUUGGAUACUUUUGGUAAAAAAGAUAGGGAAAUUCUUGAUUAUUUAACGCCAGAUCGAAUCGUGUCCAACAGUCAUUGGAAUUUUAUCUAUCCUUCUAUUCUUCAAGAUAAUUCGGAUUUGUUGGCGAAAAAGCGAAGAAAUAGAUUCGUCAUUCCAUUACAAUAUCAUCAAGAACAAGAGAAAGAGCUAAUAUCCUGUUUGGGGAUUUCGAUUGAAAUACCCUUUAUGGGUGUUUUACGUAGAAAUACUAUUUUUGCUUAUUUUGACGAUUCACGAUACAGAAAAGAUAGGGGUUCAGGAAUUGUUAAAUUUAGAUAUAGGACCUUAGAGGAAGAAUAUCGGACCCGAGAGGAAGAGUAUAGGACUCGAGAGGAAGACUCAGAGAACGAAUAUGAAACCCUAGAAGAGGAAUAUAGGACUCUAGAGGACGAAUAUGAAACCCUAGAAGACGAAUAUGGGAUCCUAGAAGACGAAUAUAGGACUCUAGAGAAAGACUCAGAGGAAGAAUACGGGAGCCCAGAGAACGAAUAUAAGACCCUAGAGGACGAAUAUGGAACUCUAGAGGAAGACUCAGAAGAAGAAUAUGGGAGCCCUGAAGAUGGCUCAGAGAACGAAUAUGGGACUUUAGAAGAAGACUCAGAGGAAGACUCAGAGGAUGAAUAUGGGAGCCCAGAGGAAGAUUCUAUCUGAAUAAAAGAGGGUUUUAUUGAGCAUCGAGGAACAAAAGAAUUUAGUCUAAAAUACCAAAAAGAAGUAGAUCGGUUUUUUUUUCAUUCUUCAGGAACUGCAUAUCUUGCCGAGAUCCUCAUCCCUAAAGGUACUUGACAAUAGUAUUAUUGGAGUGGAUACACAACUCACAAAAAAUACAAGAAGUCGACUAGGUGGAUUGGUCCGAGUGAAGAGAAAAAAAAGCCAUACGGAACUCAAAAUCUUUUCGGGAGAUAUUUAUUUUCCUGAAGAGGCAGAUAAGGUAUUAGGUGGCAGUUUGAUACCACCAGAAAGAGAAAAAAAGAUUAUAAGGAAUGAAAAAAAAAAGGAAAAAUUGGGUUU